AUGGAUCAAGCAGAUAUCCCCGCACUCCUGUCGCGGCUUGCCAGCGAUGAGGAUGCCGUACGCAAAAUGGCAGUCUUCAAGCUGCAGUCAUCCAUCAACGACCCGGCCUUUGCAGACGUCUUUAUAUCCUCGGGCGGCCUGGUUAUCCUGCGGCGAUUGAUCAUGAGCACCGGGGGCAACACCUUAGCCUAUGCGCUGCAAAGCCUCACCCGAUUGCUAGAGGUGGACAUGGGCUGGGACAUAUUCGAAGGCUCCACGGCUGGGGACCUGGUGGAGCGGAUCGUCGAACUUAUCGUCAUGAACCCUCUCGUCAACAUUCUGCGGGGCGCCAUGUCCAUUCUGGUUGCAUUGGUCAGCCACUCACAGUCUGCUGGACGAGGGACCGUCAAAACACCGGGCUUUUUUGGCUUCCGGGCGUUAAAACCAGCCGUGGCUGUCUACCCGCAGUUCUUUGAGCUUGUUAUCCAACAGUUGCAAUCCGCCGACCAUGCCUUGUGUGCCAACGCUCUCAUGCUCAUCAAUGCCUUGAUACGGGACGCGGUGUCGAAUGAUGGGGUCUCAGCUGUGGUAGUCACAAAGGGAACCGGUGUGGGAGAGGAAUGGUCAAAGUUCAUUAAGAGGCUGCAGGACCUAGGACUCAUCAAAGCGGUUUACAACCUCAUGCAGAGCUCUGCACUUCAAGAUCUUGCCUAUCCCUUGCUCGAGUUUCAGUCAUUGACAAAGGUGCUGCUGCGCAAGUGGAGGGAAGUUCGGGUCGACUUGGAGAGACCAGAGCACCGAAGGGCACUGAAAGGCCUCCACCUGGCCAGCGCACCGGAUAGGUACCUGCCAAACGGAACUGCGAGGACGGCUGAAGAGGCCGAGACGAACAAGAAGGGAAGCAGGAGGCAUAACCCUGAGAAGUGGAGGAGAUUGGGCUUCGAAACCGAGUCGCCCGCCCAGGAGUUCGACACAGCAGGCUUCUUGGGCAUGAUGGAUCUUACCGACUACGUGAGGAAGAACGAAGACGGAUUCCAGAAGAUGCUGCUCGAGCAGUCGAGCAAACCAUUGAGCGAACGUUGCCCUGUUGCACGGGCCAGCUUGGCGGUCACCAUGAUGCUCUACGAUCACUUUGAGGUGGACAAGUCCGAUAUGGAGGAUAUCAGGGGCUACCAGACCUUGGAUGGCACCAAGACCAACGAUAAGCUAUUUAGGCCCCUUUUGUUCCAGUGGUCCAGACUCCACACCGCCGGAUUACACGCCUUCUUUCGGAUGUGGAAAGCCACCGGAGCCGAACGUGAUGACUUCGACAAGGUGGCGGAGCUGGUCAGAAUACUCAUCGAGCAGGUUGUCGGGCAGGCCAGCAGAACCAAAGAUGUUCUGGAGGUCGAGGAGGACCUGCAGGAGUACGAUUGCCCGAGGCUCCGGGAACUACAGAUGGAGCUACUGGAACUCUCGUUCGAUGACCAGUGGGGCCAACACCUCUAUCAGGUCCGGGAGGAACUUAGGCACGAGGCACUGCAGUUCGUCAAAGAGCAGAGGAUCCGGUGCCUGCUCCAAGGCACAUGGUUCUCCAAGCCCCUGCCGCGCCAACAUUCCCGUCAUGGCAGCCAGCAAAAGCGGCGUCUAUACCAACCGUAUAGGUUUGCUAAGCUCUCCCACAACCGGCGCUAUCUGCAUUACGCCGACUUUUCCGAGCACCUGCAGCAUGACCCUGGUCUCGAUGGCCUGACUGAAAAGGUCGACCUGAGCACCAUAAGCUCGGUGGUCUCCAACGUUUCCGCGCCCAACGACGACGCCCAGAGUCUAUCUAGUGAAUCGACCCUGAAGACGCCGGCGGGCCUGCAGGCGAUGACGAAGCCGACGACCAAGAUCACCAUCUACAGCUAUUCGAGCCCCGAGGACGCCCAGAAGGGCGGCGAUGGAAAGGAGCGGGCGAUCCUGACCCUAUUCCCCCUGAAUCACAGCCUGGCAUCCGAGUGGCUCGACGGCCUGCUCAUGCUCCUGAACCAGGCGCCCAUCACGGCGGAGACGAACAAGCUGGUCACGCUGGUGAGCGAGUACGGGCUGAAGAUCCGGCUCCUCAACGUCAGAUUGGAGGCAGCCUAUUCCGGGCCGGCUCCCGGUGCGGGAGCGGUUCCGAGCCGGGAGGGCAAUUGUGAUCCGCGGCUCCCGGCCCCCCGUCUCCAGGUCAAGAAGAACGGCAAGAACAAACACAGGUGGUUCUAUACCUGCCAGAAACAACGGAAGGACCAAUGCGGUUUCUUCAUAUUCGAGGACUCCGCCCAGGUGCGGGAAAAGGGGGAAUUGCUGAGGACUCCAGGGCCUGAACCUUCUACAGCUUCGAGGGCACCGCCUACAGAAACGCCCGGCCCGGCGCCGGUGCGACGGCUCUUGUUCAACGGGACUGCGCAAGGGCGCGGGCGUGGACCAAGCCUUUCGACCGAGUUAUCGACGGAUGACGAGCUGGACAUGGCAAGCCUGGCCGACCAAGUCUCACAACAGGGAAGGGCGGGAAGGGCGGGCACGUUGGAUUCGCAGGACAACAGCACCUGGCUGCGGCAGGCUGCGCCGGAACAUAUCGCUGCGGCUAUCCCCUCGGCCAAGAGGAAGCUAAGUGCGUUCGGCGAGGAUAAUGAUACGGACUUCGGCGGGGACUUCAGCUCGGACGAGGAGAGGUUGAUGCUGCGGCUGGCAGAUGAGAGCGCCGAGAGCCAGAAGGACAGCCAGGCCCCGGCAGUGGAAUCACAGGCCGGGCGAGCGUCAUUUACCACCCCUUCUGCACCACGGACACAUGACAUGCUUGGCGGCUUGCCGACUCCCCUGACGAGGAACAGUCUCCUCAUCGUCUCUGAAGCCAAGAGGCAGAGGACAGCAGCCGCGAGUCCGACGCCGACGCGUAUCAGCCAGCAAGACAGUUCUCGCGGGCACGGCGACGACUACGAUAUCACGGAGGAGGUGAUAAACAUACUCAGAGAGACACCUAUGACUGAGUCGGUCAGACAGGGCGUCCGGGAGUCCCUGAACACGUAUGCGCUGCGGAUGCGGGGUGUCGAGCGGGGCAGGGAGAUGGCGCGGACGACGAUCAAGGCCAAGGACGGCAGGAUUGCCGAACUGCAGGCGCGAGUGGCGGCGCUGGAGAACGAGCGCAAGGUCAACAGGGAGAGGAUCAGAGCGCUGAAUACGGGGUUGAAGUCGCUGUACCAAGAUGACUUGCAAGAGACUUGA